AUGAGUGAGCUGCGCCAGCCUGAGGCAGACCUUCAGGACCCAGUCCAGGCCCAGGGCCCGGUGGAGGCGCAGCUGUUCGGGGCUGCGGGGGAGGAGGCCGCAUCCCCCUCGUCCUCCUCCUCCCCCGUCGCCCCCUCCUUCUCCGCCUAUGCCGAGUCCUUGCCCCAGGAGGCACUUACUGUGCUGAAGGCUGACCUGGUGGCGUUCCUGCUCCUCAAGUAUCGCACCAAGGAGCCGAUCUCCAAGGCGGAGAUGCUGAACAUGGUCCUCCGUGACCAUCAGGACCACUUCCCCGUGGUCUUCAGCCGAGCCUCCGAGUGCAUGCAGCUGGUGUUUGGCGUGGACGUGAAGGAGGUGGACCCCCGCGAGUGCACCUACGUCCUCAUCCCCACCCUGGGCCUCACCUGUGAUGCAGUGCUGAGCGAUGGGCAGAGCAUGCCCAAGGCCGGCCUCCUGGUGCUGAUUCUGUGCCUGAUCACCUUGGACGGUGACCGCGCCCCUGAGGAGGAGGUCUGGGAAUUGCUGAGCAUCAUGGGGGUGUAUGCAGGGAAGCAGCACUGCAUCUAUGGGGAGCCCAGGGAGCUCCUCACCAAAGUGUGGGUGCAGGAGGGCUACGUGGAGUACCGGCAGGUGCCCCACAGCGACCCCGCCCUUUACGAGUUCCUGUGGGGUCCCCGGGCCCACGCGGAGGCCAGCAAGUGGCAGGUCCUGGAGUAUCUGCUCAGGGCCAGUGGAUGGGAUCCCAGGUCCUUCCCAUCCCUGUGUGCAGAGGCUGAGCCAGAGCAGCAGCCAGGCUCCUUCCAGGCCCACGUCCAGCAGCUUCUCCCGUGGGGCAGGAAGGGAGGCUGA